CCUAUCCACGAGAUGGUCGAACGAGCUAUCCGCGAAAGUGUGUCGGGUUCGAGAUUCGCGGUAUUAUGGCGCUGCACUCGAACGGCUCGUCGACCAAUGGCGGCCCCCAACGAUCUUGACGUCAGCGGACUCGCAGCCGAGGCGUGGCCUAACUCUUCGCUUCCUCGGCGCGUCUUGGCUCUCGGGCUCUCACGGGGAUUGGCGGCCCACGGCCGACGCGAAUGGCGCCCCGGCCGCAGCUGUCGUGCGCCUCCUUCGUACACGGGCGCAUGUCCAGCGCAGGGGCCACCGUCGGCGCAAACAUGGCGGACUCCAAGGAGAAUAAGGAGGCGACGAGGGAACCCGAGCCGCCGGUCACAAUGAAGUUUGACAGUCCCGAGGAGUCGAGCGACAAUUCGGCCAAUGAUGAGACAGAGAAGUUGGCUAAGGAGAAGAACAAGGAGUCUGAUCCUCCGUCGUCGUCGUCGUCGUCUAACAGUAUGCCUAACAAUGUAUCAUCUUCCGAGCGUCAAAGCAACGAUACAAAGUUAAAAGGCUCGGUUUUAGCUGCUUCAAGGUUUGGAAGUUGCUUUGGGAUGAAUUCUUCAAAAUUAUUGAGUAACAGCAGUAAGCCAAAAGCUUCGCUCUUAAGGCCAUCUCAAUUGAACGCAGUGACAAACAGUGCAGGUCCUUCGACCAAAAGUGUUCUUCAACCCGCUAAAUUUCAAAAUCCUUUUACAAAAUCGAACGAUGGGACAGAGGAGAGCGAGCCAUCUUCUACGACUGAAAAUAACAAAGACCAAGACACAAAUGAGAGUGAAAAGGAGAAACCAGAGGUGAAUGAGGAGGGUAAGAAGGAGGAGAAGGAGAAAGAAAAAGAACCACCCAAAUUUUUGGCACUGAGUAAGAGUACCAAGGAGAAUCAGAAUAGUUUAAAUAGUUCGGUAACUGCCAGUGUGUCAGCACCAAGUUUUGUGUUUGGUCAAAAUUUGAAGGAACGUGUAGCGGUGGCCCACGAUGCGGAUAGUUCUGAUAACUCGGAGAAGGAAGAUGUGAAAGAAGAGUCGACUAGCGAGAAUGGCCCUUCCGAAUUGAUGUUCUCUAAUGCGGCUGUUGUUUGUCGAACUACGAGUAAGCCAGGCCUGACGCUGUCGCAGGCCGCUCAAGAAAUGGAAGAAGCAAAUCGUGCUAAUAAGAGAAAAUACAGUGAAGUGACAUUGUUGACUGGUGAGGAGGAUGAAACGAACGUUUUACAAAUCAACUGUAAACUUUUUGCGUUCGACAAAGCGACGAGUAGCUGGCAGGAGCGGGGCCGGGGCUCCCUACGGCUUAACGACAAGGACGAGGAGUCGCGACUUGUCGGUCGGGCCGCGGGCACCCAGAGGCUCGUACUCAACACGAAGGUCUGGCCGGGUAUGACGGCGGAGCGCGCGGGCCCCAAGUCCCUCCGGCUUACCGCCAUGGACGUCCAGGGCGACGUGAGGAUCUUCGUGGUGCAGGCCGCCCAGAAGGAGGUCGAGCAGUUGCACGGACUCCUGUUGCAGCGUCUGCUGCGCGCCCAGGAGCGUCAACCGAAGAAACUCGCGGCCGAGCACUGACCCGGCAAUCGGAGCCCCAGCGGCUCGCCGUCGAGGGACGACGUCGCUUUUAAAUCGGGUCGCUUCGGCGGAUCCCCGCCAAGGAGUCGAUAUCAGACCACAGCCCCCGACCGAGCUCAAUCCGUAUUCGAAUUCGUUAGCAUCGCCACCGCAGGCCCAAUCUCUCAUUACAGCGACGCUCUGUCUACUAUUAUUACUACUCUAUAAAUUGUCGAAUCGCUAACAUUUCUAACCGACCGACGACGCAACAUCACAUCGUCACCGCCCUCUAUCCGUACCCUCGCUUCUUCAUUCUUAUCUUCUUCUUCUUCUUCUUCUUCUUCUUCUUC